UCUAACGCGAGGCGGAAACGAACACGUCGGAUUCGUGAAAAGAGGCCAGGCCCGCAGGAAUCUAGCAUCGAAACCCCUCUCCGCUUUUCAAUCUCAGAGAUCGGCUUGAUCGAUUCUCUAGGGUUUCUGAGUUCGUUCAAUUGCCAGUCGGACGACGCGCGAGGGCAAAUCUUCGCCAUCCUCACCGUCUAGAUCGAGUUCGAUUUCUGCCACUUCAAUUUCAUUUGUUCUUCCUCACCUGCAACCGUCGUCUGUUUCGGUUCUUCUUUGAUAUCGAGGGCUUCUUCCACAGAAGAAAGCUGAUUGCGGUUCUUUGAUUCAUUGGUUUGAGGACUAACAAUCAGAAGACUCUGCUGAAGAGUGCUGCAGCGGUGACUAAAAUGGAUCUUGAGACAGAAAAUAGAGUAGCUGCUAUUCUAAUGAGAGAGGCGUCAGAAUUGCGUCGCCAAGCUGAGAAAGAUGGUGUGGAUGCCUAUCUACGGCAUCCUAAAGUCAGGGGUCGUCCUAAUUCUCGUUUCCUGACUGCAACUGUUCUUGGCGUACAACAAGCAAACAAGGCUGUCGAAGUGAAUGAAAUGUGGAGAGUUCGUCAAAAGGAGCUCGAACUGGAUGACAGGCUUAGAGGCAAGUCAAGAGAGGGGAACAAUGGCUCUGGGAGCCGCAGGGGCUUCAAACCAUCCACAGAUUUCAGUCAUGACAUUCCCAGUAGUUCAAGCCCAUCUAGUAAAAGAGAUUAUGAGGAUUGCGACUUGAGGGAGAAUCAAGGAUUAAAAGAUGAAGAACUUGAGGAAUUUUUACACUCAAGGACUAAGCGUGGGAGAGGCGCAGUUGGGUCACGAAUGGAUGAAACUGGUCCAUACCUUGCCCCUUGUAAUGAAACACAUUUGAGUUGGCCAACAAGCUCCAAUGUUACAGAUAAACAUGUUGUAUAUGGGCCAGAGAAGCCUAAUUCUCUGAGGUCAGAUGGCUCUUCUGAAGAGGACUCAGACAGUGAUCGGCGAAAACGGUCGAAAAGAAGUUCACACAAGCAGCAUAGCAAGGACCAUAAGUCAAAACACAAAUCUGAGAAAAGGAGGAAAGAAUCAAAGAAAAGCAAACGCCGCAAAUAAGAGCCUCCACGAUCGUUACUUGCAGCUUUACUCCAUGCCUAAAGGGCUCCAUGAAGAACGGUUUGAAUUCUGCAUAAGUCGAGCUAUUUAAUGAAGAAGGUGCAUCUCACUUCAAACUAUAUUUAAGUUACAUUUAUAGGCUCUGUAUAUAACCCAGGACAAGCUCAUAGAGUCAUAGCUCAACAGCUCUCUUUUUUCUCUCUCACACUGAAUUUCACUUUGUUAGAAAAAAAGUAGCCUUUUUCAGUAUGAUGAAUUAUAGAUAGUUAUAGGAGCAGCAAUUCCUCUCUUGGGGUAGAUAGAUUGAAUGACAGAAAUUCCUCUCUGUUUCUCUUUACACAUGCUGGGAUCAUUAGAUGAAUUGAGAUGUGAUAUGUCCACGGAUUAUUUUUCUUAA